CACUCCUUGCGCCAUCCCAACACCACACACCAUGCACUAACAUAUGAUGAUGUGCUUCAGCUCAGCCCUGACAGUGGACAUGGGACGGGACGAGUCAACUUAAGAACUGCCCAGCGAUGUGAGUCAGGGCAAGGUGGGUUGCCCGCCUCCGAUAAGAAAUAACCCCGCUGCGAUUGCCCACUUCCACUUGCACUUGCACUUCCUGUUCCUGCGGGACCUGACCGAGCGCCUGAAGCGCGCAAGUGGAAAGAAAGAACCCCACCCCCGCAACUGAAAUCUUUUGCAAGGGAAGUGGGCGAGGCCCUUUUCUAGGCUUUAAGCCGGUCCGCCCACCGCGCCAUUUCUCUUUCCCGCUCGUCUUUUCGGUUUCGUCGUUUGAACUCCGUUCCGUACCUUGAGGGCGACCUAAAGGUGCUAAUACUAUCAUACCACUUCUUUCUCGAUAUCGCUUCUGUUUGUUUAUCCUAAUCAAUUCAUCAAAAUGGCCACUCUCAUUCUUGGUUCCCAGUGGGGUGACGAGGGUAAAGGAAAGCUUACCGACAUCCUCUGCCCCAAGGCCCAGAUCUGCGCCAGAGCCGCUGGCGGCCACAACGCUGGUCACUCCAUCGUCGCCAAUGGCGUCGAGUACGACUUCCACCUUCUCCCCUCCGGUCUCGUCAACCCCAACUGCAUGAACCUCAUCGGUUCCUCUGUCGUCUUCCACGUCCCCAGCUUCUUCAGCGAGCUCAGCAAGCUUGAGGAGAAGGGCCUCACCGAUGUUCACAACCGCAUCCUCGUCUCCGACCGCUGCCACGUCAACUUCGACCUUCACGCUGCCGUUGAUGGUCUCGAGGAGGUUGAGCUCGGUGACCGCAAGAUCGGCACCACCGGCCGUGGUAUCGGUCCCUCUUACAGUACCAAGAUGGCGAGAAGCGGUGUCAGAAUCCACGAGAUCUUCAACGAGGAGAUCUUUGAGCGCAAGCUCAGGCAACUCGCUGCCGGCUACAAGAAGAGAUUUGGUGAUCUCCUCAAGUACGAUGUCGAGGAGGAGAUUGCCCGCUUCAAGGAGUACCGUGUCAAGCUCGCCCGCUAUACUGUCGAUGCCAUCCAGUACAUGAAGGAGGCCCAGGACCGCGGCUACAAGAUCCUCAUCGAGGGUGCCAACGCCCUCAUGCUGGAUAUCGACUACGGCACCUACCCCUACGUCACCUCCAGCAACACCGGUCUUGGUGGUAUCAUUACUGGUCUUGCCAUUAACCCUACCAAGAUUGACAACAUCAUUGGUGUCGUCAAGGCCUACACCACUCGUGUCGGUGGUGGUCCCUUCAAGACUGAGGACCUCGAGGAGGCUGGUACCAAGCUCCAAGAGAUUGGUCGCGAAUGGGGUGUCAGCACUGGUCGCAAGCGUCGUUGCGGCUGGCUCGAUCUCGUCGUCCUCAAGUACUCGACCGCCAUCAACAACUAUACCGCCCUCAACCUUACCAAGCUCGAUAUCCUCGAUACUUUCGAGACCAUUAAGGUUGCCGUCGCUUACAAGGACCCUCAGACCGGUGAGGAGGUCGAGUACUUCCCUGCCGAUCUCGACAUCCUCGACAGCCUUGAGGUUGUCUACAAGGAGCUUCCCGGCUGGAACAAGCCCAUCACUGACUGCAAGACCUACUACGAUCUCCCCAAGGAGGCUCGCGCCUACAUUGAGUUCAUUGAGGAGUUCGUCGGCGUCCCCAUUUGCUACAUUGGCACCGGCCCCAAGCGUGAGGACAUGAUUGUCCGCAAGACCUCCGCCAUCAAGGAGUAAAUUACCACCUAAAAAGGCGUUUAUGUUUGGGUUUGUGGGAUUUAAAGUACAACACUCCGUCGUCAACGAUACCAUGGACAGGAACAAACAUGAUAUCAUAUUAACAAUGAUUUACAACAACAACCACUAUAAGGAGAACGGACAACGACAGGAAAAAAAAAGCGAGGGCGCUUUAACUUAUGAUGAUCUCAUCCGUCAUUCCUCUUUUUCCCAUCUGCACUGCGCUACAUAAGAACGCCAGGGACAGUGAUACCCCCUAUACACUAUACAUCACAUGAUUUAAACGGCUUCGGAUCAGAGAUUCGAAUCUUUACAACAACUAGAUAGAGGUUGUUCGUUGGCUCUGGCGGUGUGGUUAGCCUUUGUCACUUUUUGCGGGUUGUUGGAAAAAAAUAGAACGUUGGUUUUUUUUUUCUUUUGACCAGGUGUUCCCUUGUGAGUCUCUUCAUGGAGCUUUGCAAAUCACCUACCAUCACCAAGCACAGGUACAGAUCGACAUCCUUCUUUCACAUGAUUCCAUUUUUUACAUAAUACACAGGCUAUGACUUCCAUCCUGUUAUAUCCAAGACCUAUCCAAUCGGAAAAUUCGACAAAGUCACAUCACAUGUUCUUCAGCUUAAAGCUUAUGAACCCUCUUAUUCGAAUCCGCGCCUCCGCACACAUCGAACAGCGCAACGCUAGGAUCGUGGUCCGAAACAACAGCAGAAUCAGUCACCCACGAGCUAACGUGGAUGUGCUGGAACUUGCUCUUGGAGGAAGCGAGAACAGGGGAGAUGUACAUGUGAUCGAGGGCCUGGGCGUUCAUGUCGUAGGAGCUAUUGGUUGGUUGGUUGGACUGUCAGCUAUGGAUCUGGAAGAUAAAAAUUCGUGACGACCAAAAGAAGAGCGAGGACUUACUAGGUAUAACGGUUUUCAACUGGAGUGUUCAAAGCCUCAUCAAGCUCCUUCAGCCCCGACACCUCAGCAAAAGUAGUCAGCGGCUUGACAAAGGCGAACUCGUUGAAGUCACCAGCAGCAAUCACACGAGCCGCCGGGUCGGCUUGCAAAAUCUUCGAGAUGAACUUGGCCGUAAUCUCCGCCUGUUGCGUGCGUUUCGCAACCCCGCCAUUAAUCGGCGGCCUCACAUCGCCAUGCACACUGCUACCCCCGCCCUUGGAGGUCAUGUGCACAUUCACCGUGAAGAAGGGCUUCUUUCCGUCUUUGGCAAUCCAUUCGGCAACCAACGGCUUGCGCGUAGCUCUCCAUGCUGCGUUAAGGGGGUCCACGCGGCCAGGGUUGAACUUGAGGCUCGGCUGGCCCGUUUCGGCAUCAACGAUGACCUCGUUGGCAUCCGUGCUGGAGCCCGGGUUCGGGUUCUUGAGACUGAGGAUGGAGGGGUUGUAAAGAUAGGCAGUGCGGAUGUUGCCACCCGGUUGUCCACCGUCUUCGUCAUUUACUGGCUCGAUGGUGACAUAGUCAUAAGUCGGGCCGCCAGCACUCUGGAUAGCGGAGAUCAAGGUGGCCAAGGUCUUGUUGGCGGACACCACACCAUCGUCAGUAGCGCCCGUGUUGUCUUGGACUUCCUGGAUGAAGAGCAGGUCGGGGGACUUGAGGUACUUGACGAUUUGCGAGGCGACCUUGGGCAUGUGGGCGGAUGUGGGCGCGAGGUUCUCGACGUUGUAGGUGCCGACUGUCAGACCGUUGCAGGAUCCGGAGGAGACCAAGCUGGUAGGGGGCGGGGUGAGCGCGGAGGGGGUCUUGAUCUUGAUGGCGGUGAGGGGCAGGAUGGUGUAGAAGCCGUAGGUGUUGGUGACUAUACCGGUGAUGUCUUCGAGGGCGUCGCCGAGCUUGGUGGUGGUGGGGUUUUUGGUGGAGUCGAGGGGGGCGCCGAUGAGGAUGGUUUCGGGGUUGGAGUCUUUUUUUUUUUGAAGCAGGUAUUAGACAUGAGUUCUGUGGCAGAAUCUGGGAAGGAAGGAGAAGAAAAGGAAAGAAAAGAAAAGAAAAGAAUUUACCCUUGGCGCUCAUGGUGAGAGAACCGGCGUCGUUCUUGCCAGUGACCUUCCAGUCACC